AUGUCGGCAGCGUCCUGGUUAAACGGCGCGGCCGCGGCGCGUUUGACUGAAGGUUUGCUGUCGGUUCUGAAAGAACAGCGUCCAGAGUUUUUACCCGGCCUUUUGGAAAACUACCGCCAGCAUGGCGUCUUUCGUUCGCAGGGCUCCAGCACUGUCGGUGGUCUGCUCGGUUUCAGCAACGUCAAAAUGGCUUCUAGCAAAACCAAAUUUGAGGGCCUGUGUCUCCUCUCCAUGCUGGUCCAGGACAGUUCGUCCGAGCUCUUCCAGCAACACUGCCUGUCGUGGUUGCGCUCGCUGCAGCAAGUCAUUCAGUCGCAGGCCCCCGUUCAGACGGUCCAACUGGCCGUGUUUAUCUUGCAAGACUUGCUGCAGUACUCGUCUCAGCUCCCGGAGCUGGCGCGGGAGGUGGGCCUCAACUGCAUUCUGGGAAUUCUCACUUCUCUACUCGGCCUCAAGACAGAGUGCGAGCUGGCGGCCAUGGAGGGAAUGACGGCAUGCAUGACCUACUACCCCCGAGCGUGCGGAUCCCUGCGGGACAAACUGGGGGCCUAUUUUCUCUCCAAAAUGGACAGCACCAACAAGAAAACCCAAGAGAUGGCUUGCCGCUGCUACGGGCGCCUCCCCUGCCUGGGCGGCCUCACCGACCGGGCGGGUGCCGGUAGAGCUGACCGCUGGACGGAUCAGGUUCACUGCCUGUUGGCCUCUGCCAAUGCAGUGCUCUCUCACCUCUACCGGAGCUCGGAGGCGGACAGAACAGGGCAAUACGAAGGUCCCGGCAUGGAACUCGGCUUCCCUCAUCUCAACCAAUCGGAUGCACUGCUACCAUUGCAGCUGCAGCAUAGAUACACAGCGGUGUGCCUCGCACUCAAGCACACACUCAGUGUGGACCCGUCGUCAGCCGUGCGUCUUCCCGUCAGACCUGUUCUCAACCUGGUGUGUCGAGCUCUCGCCAUCAGCGCCAAAAGCAUCAAUUUAACAGGUGACGGCAGCGUGAGGCUUCUGCUCCUGCCCGCCGUUCACAUAGGCACGCUGGAGGUCCUAACGGCGCUCUUCACUGUCGUGCGGACCAGCAUGGUGCAGUACGCCGCGGUGCUUCAAAGACUCUUUGCCCAAACCCUGAGUGCCUGGACACCACCGCCUGAAGCCAGCCCUGGUCAGCAAAGAGCUUACUGCCUGGUGCGCGUGUCGGUCUACAAGAGCCUGGAGGCCUGGGUGCAGGUGGCCGGAGCGUCCGCAGGCAUCCUCCAAGGGAGCCCCUCCCACACCGAGCUGCUUUACAGCCACCUCCUGGAUGACAUCACGCCCGGGGCGGAGUCAGUCAAGCUCCGCGCUGGCUUGUUGGCCGACGUGGUACCCGGAGGCAAACCGGGCCCUCGCAGAACAAAACCAUUGGUGAUGGCGGAUGCGGUCGGGCCAUCCCUCCAGAGGAAGGGUGACACCUUGGCUAAUCAGGACACCUGCCUUGCAGCUCUCAGGGCCUUAAGACAAAUCAUCCUGACCAGCGGAACCCUCCUUAAGGAUGAUCUGCACAAGCGUCUCCACGAGGUUUUGCUGCCGUUGUGCGUGCGCUUGCAGCAACAGCAGUCCAGCUGCUCUGCCGCAGAAUCCGCAGCAGGUGUCAGUGGGCAGUAUGGUGGUGCUCUUACACGACGGGAACUCUACAGGUUGCUGCUGGCUCUGGUCUUGGUCCCGUCCCCCUCGUGGCCACCCCCUCUAACUUGCGGCGUUUCCAUUUUCAGCAGAGGACGCAUGGACCGCAACCUUAAAGUGUCUUCGUUCUGUGCUGAGGCGUUGACUGUUUGUAACUCCCUGGUGCACCCGCGCGCUCCCUCCAUCGCCAUUCCCUUACCGCCCCUCACACUGAAGGCCGCGACCUCCGCUUCGGUCCUCCCGUCCUCCCAGGGCCCGACCCCCGGUCUCCCAUUGCCGACCCUUCUGGGAGGCCCGGGUGCUACGGGGCCCUUUCCCGCCCGCCACUCGCUGGGUCUGCUCGGCUCCCUGGAGAAUCAUCUUUCUUUGGUUCCGGGCCACGCUUCUGGUGAUAUGAUCCUGUCCCCGCACGCGCACCAGCAGCCAGAGCCGGCUGGCCUGGGCCCUCCGGAAGGCCAGAGACCCAUUUUUGUACGCUACGACAAAGAGGAAGACGAGGACGCGGAGAUCUCGCUGGACAGCGACUCUGACGACAGCGUGGUCAUCGUUCCUCCGGGAAUGCUCACCGCGGAGGCGCGUGAACCCGUCGAGACUUCCGCGGCGCCCCCUCAGACCCCAGCUGUCGCACCCGCCCCUUCCGAGCCUGCCGCGGUGGCGCCCGUGGCGAUGGAUGCGGUCUCCCUCCCCAAUGACUUGGCCGCCGCCUCCUCCCCUCUUCCCAGUGCCCCUAUCAAUUCUUUCGCCCCACCCGCUUCCUCAGUGGUAACCCACUUCCCUCUGGGUGCGGCGGGAGCGGGCGAGACGCCGGCUGCCAGACCUCAGCUUCAACAGAUGCUGAUGCAGCCCGCGCCCCCCGGAGGCCUGGGGCUGCAGAUGCACCAACUUCAGAAUCAGCUGGCCGCCCCACAAGGAAGACUCCCCUCCGCCGCCAGCAACGAAGACUCUGCCGUCAUCAACAUCAACAGCACAGACGAGGAGGAGGAAGACAUGGAAGACGACGAAGAACUCGAAGACGAGGACGAGGAGGAGGAAGGCAGCGAUUUUCCCGAAGGGGAGUUUUACGAGGGCGAGGAGUUUGACGAGUUUGACGAAGAAGGGGAAGAGGAAGAGGAGGAGGAUGAAGAGGAGGAUGAGGAUGAGGAAGAUGGCGACGUGGAUGGGGAGAUGCCUCCGUUAGAGGGGGCGGAGGACAACGCCGACGUCGGUGGCAUUGAGGAGGAGAAGGUGAUGAGGGUGGAACCUGCGCCGCCGGCUGCGGACGGAGAAGCCGUCGGAGGCAUCCAGGAGGUCCGGCUCAGUAGGGGAGAGGAGCGCGGCAAGGUGCAAGAAGUGGAAUGUAUCGGCGUCCUAGAGGGCGCCAGAGAGGACGAGGAGGAGGAUAGCGAAAGAAUGGAUGACCCGACCAUGCCUCAGAUCCUGUGCGUGACCGGAGGAGCGCUGGAGGAGAGGGAAGAGCCGUCGUCGCAGGAGGAGGAGGACGGCCUCCGACAGGAUCCGCCUGACGUCGAGCUUCAACCGGAACAGCAGGACGCGGCGUCAACGCCUGCGCUGGAACUGAGCGUGGCGGACGACCAGCCGCCCGUCCUCCAAAACGAGCUCCUGGUUCCCUCUCCCGAAGCCGGCGCCCCGCCGCCUUCUGAACCCGCUACCUUGUCGGGCCCCGAAGAACGGCCCGAGGAGGAGGACUGCGACAAAGACGCGGUGACGGAAGGAGGCGGGGACGAUGAAGAAGGAGACCAGGCCAAAGGAGUGAAGCGCAAAAGAGAUGACGAAAACCCAGAGGAAGAGGCAGGACCAAGCACAGACAAGGAAAAGAUGCAAGACGACGCCAUCGCCUCCAUGUUGGCUGAUUUCGUCCCCUGCCCACCUAACGAUGACGAGGUUGCGGGGUCGGGGUCAUGCAAAAGUGUUGACGAAAGUUAA